CGCAACCACAUUCAUUAUAUAAUUAUUACAGUCUCUUCCCCAAAUCAAAUUCCGAAUCCCUAAUUCGUCCGGCGAAACUCGGCGAAGCUUCUUACUUUUUCGAGUAAUCGAGUUCCAUCUUUUCUCCGGUCAACAAUGGCGUCUCUCAGUCUUCACGCCGGGGCCGCCACCGACCCUUAUUCACUCGUUCGCGGUAAUCGAGCUCCGCUCCGAUCCAAACCCGACCCGGUUCACUUUACCCCAAUCUCAACGAGAAGCCCUGUCCAGCGCGUCUACGCGACCUGCUCCUCGCCGUGCGAUCUCCGCGCUGUUUCGCCGACGGAACGGAAGGGUCUAUUCGCCGCCGAAGAAGAAGCGGGCGGGAAUGAGAAUAAAAUCGCGGCGGCGAAUCUGGACCGGUGGAUGCGCGGAUCGGUCGGCGAAAUUGUUAAGAACUUGAAUAGAGCGCCGCUGCUAGUCCACGUGUACUCGGAGGAGGAGGACGGCGGAGGGGAGGCGGAUACCAGAACAGAGAGGGCCGUCGUGGAGGAGUGGCCGGCGGUGAAGCGGGAGUGGGAGAGCGGGGAGAGGAAGACCCCUGACGGGUUGAUCUUCGUGGAAGCGCUCCGGGAAGAAGAGGUGGCGGAGGAAGAGGGAAGGUGCGGUGGUGGGGACGGCGGAGAGGCGGAUGGGGUGAGUAGGGCGUGGGGGGUGGUGGUGCAGGGGAGGGGAGCAGAGUGUGGGCCCGCGUGUUAUCUGCUGAAGACGAGUAGCGUGAGGGCGGGGACGGGAAUGGGAUUGUUCUGCACCCAUUUUUGUCUGGUGAGAGUGAAGAGUUUCAGGGAAAGUGCGUUUCUCCAGUUCAGGAAUUGCUGGUUGGUACAAUGACCGCUUUGAUCAUCUUCUUCUUCACCAUGUAAUUGACUUCAAUUUAUUGCUGGUGCUAUUCAAAAACUUUGUUUGCACCCGGUUCGAUAUUGAUGAACGGAAAAGUAUGGAAUUGAAAACUUCUGCAAUUUGAUAUGUAUUGAAUGUGAAUCUUUAAAGUUUAUAAGUGUUUAUGACUUAAUGUAUAUAUUCAAACACGCAUUCAUUAUGAAUUUAUCAAUUUAACUCAUUAUUAUAUGGGAAAUUGUCAAUAUUUUUCUUGUACUAUAAAAAAAUUAAUUAGGUACUCAUACGAUUAAAAAAAUUAAUCAAAUUGCG